UUCCAUCUGAUAAUUGACUCAAAGAACAGUCAGGGGAAGCCAACCACACCUAAGGCAAGUGACAAAGACUUUGCAGGAUCUUUUCAUUGACAGGUGAUCAAAAGGACUAUUUUAUCCAUUUUUUGUUAUUGUUGUUGUCCACAAAACAGAGGAAUUCGGCAAAUUUUCUCCCCCUUCAGGAGUUUGGUAGGGAAGGGAAACGGGAAGAGACAUGGGCAGUGGAGCAAGUGCUGAGGACAAGGAAAUGGCCAAAAGGUCCAAAGAGCUGGAAAAGCAGCUACAGGAAGAUGCAGAUAAGGAGGCAAGAACCGUCAAGCUGCUGCUGCUGGGUGCUGGCGAAUCAGGCAAAAGCACCAUUGUAAAGCAAAUGAAAAUUCUCCAUCAAGGUGGCUACACUAAGGAAGAACAAAUUGCAUUUAAAGCCAUCAUCUAUGGUAAUAUCCUACAGUCUGCACUAGCACUCAUCAGAGGCAUGGAAAUGCUUGGCAUUAACUAUGGAUCACCAGCAUCACAGGAAGACGGUCAGAAACUGCAAAACUUAGCAGACUCAACUGAGGAUGGCACAAUGCCCAAGGAGUUAGCAGAUGUCAUUAAAAGUCUGUGGAAGGACACAGGGGUGCAGGCUGCCUAUGAGAGAGCAGCUGAGUAUCAGCUUAACGACUCUGCUGGCUAUUACCUGAGUGACAUGGACAGAAUCUGUGGUGCUGAUUACGUCCCAACAGAACAGGAUGUACUGAGGUCUAGAGUCAAAACCACUGGUAUCAUUGAAGAACAGUUUUCCUGCAAAGAGCUUCACUUUAGGAUGUUCGAUGUGGGGGGCCAAAGGUCAGAGAGGAAAAAAUGGAUCCACUGUUUUGAGGGAGUGACCUGCAUUAUCUUCUGUGGAGCGCUGAGCGCAUACGACAUGGUGUUGGUAGAGGAUGAUGAAGUGAAUCGUAUGCAUGAAAGUCUUCAUCUAUUCAACAGCAUCUGCAACCACAGGUUCUUCGCAAAAACUUCUAUCGUGCUUUUCCUCAACAAGAAAGACCUCUUUGAGGUGAAGAUCCAGAAAGUUCACCUCAGCAUCUGCUUUCCUGAAUAUAAUGGUUCAAACACAUAUGAUGACGCCAGCCUUUACAUCAAGAAACAGUUUGAGGAGUUGAACAUGAAAAAAGGCGAAAAAGAAAUCUACUCACACAUGACCUGUGCCACCGACACAAAAAACGUGGAAAUCGUGUUCAAUGCUGUGACAGACAUCAUCAUCAAAGAAAACCUUAAGGAUUGUGGUCUGUUCUAAAACAAAUGACCACGUUUCUCAGAAAGUUUGCCUCAUCACCUACACAUGAUUCUGAAGACUCAGAGAAUGCAUGAUGAUAAUCACUACUGCGAGAAAGGUCAGAUGCCCUUCAUAAAUAAUCAGCAUACUGGACAUUGAAGGCUGCACCUAAAGGCAAGAUUCCAGUCUUCCCAGUAUAAAGCUAAAUGUGAUGCAAUCAGUUUUAGAACUUCUAUUUUUAAGGAAAGAAAAUGUGCUGUUUUCAGGUUGAAGUUGCUGGUACACACUGGGAAGAGAUUUAUUUUCUCUUCGAUUUAAAAGGCUAAUUCAGUAGUUAAACACCGAUAACACUUUGAUUAGAAAUGUAAUUAAUUUGGUUUAUGUACAGUGUAUAGGACUUUCUUGUAAAAGUUUUUUUUUAUGGGAUCAGCAUGCUGUAUAAUGUAUGAACUAAUUAUUCUCCCUAUAGUUCAAAUAUACAGUUGUGUUCAAAAUAAUAGCAGUGUGUUGAAAAAAGUAAGUAAAGCUCCAUAUCCAUAAAAUAACUUUUUAUUUCAAUCACACAAAUGCACUGGACACCCUGCAUGUUUUCUGAAUCACAACAUAAAGAAA